CCAUUUAUUCCAUCCUCCCUGCCCUAGGUAUCAUUAGCCCUCUUCACUUCGCCGAAGCUUAUUUAAGCCCGCGGACGCAGCCCGGCCCCCGCGGACCCGAAAAAAAAUCCUCUUGCCGAAAUUUUCCGUUUUAAAAAACUCGCCCAAAUUUCGAGGGAGGGGAAGGGAAGGGGAAGGGGAAGGGGAAGGGGAAGGAAGGAAGGAAGCAGGACAGGUGCGCGUGCGCCGUUGGAGAUUGGCGGCCUUCUCCCUCCUUCCUCAUGGCCGGGCCGCCCGGCGCUGGAGAUGGGCGCGGGGAGAGGAGAUGAGGCGGGCAUGAGAUGGGCAUGAGGUGCAAGAAGCACCCGUACCAGGCGGGCGGCGGCGUCUGCGCCACGUGCCUCGCUGACCGCCUGCUCGCGCUAGCCGCCGCACAGAACGGCGGCGCGUCUUCGCCUCCGCCGCGGGAGCCUGCGCCUGCGCGUGAUCCUCCGGCCUUAGCGCCGGCGUUCCCGAGGUCGGUGUCGCCGUACGUGUCCCGCAGGAAGUCGGAUUCCUCGGGCGGCGGCGCGCUGAAGCACCACCCGAGCCUCCUCUUCUUCCGGACGCCGCAGGUCGGGCCCGCGUACGGCAUCGGCGGCGGUCUUGAGGAGGGAGACAUCGGGUACGAGAAGCGGCGCGCCGGCAAGUUCUCGUUGAUUGCCACGCUCUUUGGCCACCACCACCAUCGCAGACCGGAGGAGAAGGAUAGGGGAAGCGACAGUGGGCGCAGAAACCGUUCUUGGCUCGCCGGGUUCAUGCCACGCCGCCGCAAGAAGCAGACGCCAGCCACGAUCGCCUCGUCACCCCCACCUAGGCGCUCCUGCCGCGUAGUCAGUAACCGUGGGCUCUCGCCGGAGCGGAACUGUGAUGGCAGCGACGAGGAGAGCAGCUCGCCGGCGGAUCCCGCAUGGCAGCCAUCUCCUUCACCGAUGCGGAGGACCCCAUGCCGGCGUCGCCAAACCAGCAGCAUGCCAUCGGGUUUCGCCGUCUGCCUCAGCCCUCUCGUGCGGCCCAGCCCCGGGCGCCGCCACCGCCACGUCCAGCCGCCCGACCAAGGCACUUUCUCCUGCGAGCUCCGGCCAUCGCCACUCCACAACCUCUCCUCGGCCGCCUCAAUUACGCGGUGCCGCUCCAGAAAGCUCGCCGACGGCGGUCGCUUCCGGUGAUCUUUGACGUUUUCUUUUUUGACCAUUUUUUAUCUUCUUCAGCGCUUAUUACUACCUAAUCCCAAUUACCGUCCUUUCUAGAUUUUUCUUUUUUUUAUAUGCAUUCUGUCCAUAAGUCUAUAAGAUUUUAUACUCCAAACCACUUUGUUGACAUAUAGGUUACCACUUCUUGUCAGCCGACCAUCACUGUAACAGCUGCUUAAUUGUUUGUACAGCUAGUUGUCUGAUCUUGAUUUGCAAAAAUUAUUAAUUAACUUUAAUUUCUUUCUUGAUUGCUUGGGUUUAAGAAUGAGUGGACCUGUUGAUGUGCAUGGACUGCACGGUACAGGUCGUUUGUACAAAGAAUUAAAUGCUGGAGUUAAGAGUGAGAGGGAUCUGAGUAGGGGGAUAGUAGUGUCUGUGGCUUUGUGCACAGGGAUUAAAAGAAGGUUCUUGAUUGUUUUGUGUCUGAA